AUAACAACAAGACCCCAUGGUUUACUACGUAUUUAUUAGCUUUCCUGACUUUAGUCACAAUCUAUGAACGGGAGAUUGCACUUGGCGUCGAGUAAUAAACUUAAAAUAACCCACAAGUAUUUAUAUUACGUACAACGAGAAAGUAUUUUUUUCCUUUUUUUAAUUUGUACAGGAACUAGCUUUUAAAAACUGCGUUCAAACAGGAACCGCUAACAACAUGAACAUAUUUUGUAGCUAAAGUCAGCUUGUAAAUUAGUUUGUGACCAAUAUCUGCUAAAUUUAAACUGGGCUGUAGUGUUUUUCCUGGUUGGCCGCCAGCAUGUUCCCGUUAGACUCGCCGUGGAACAUCUCCUUCGCUGGCUGCGGCUUCCUCGGUAUCUACCACGUCGGUGUGGCUAGCUGUCUGGUGGAGCAGGCCCCGUUUCUGGUCCGAAACGCCAAACACAUCUACGGAGCCUCGGCUGGAGCUCUCACAGCCACAGCUCUGGUCACUGAGGUGUGUCUGGGACAAGUUGGUGCAAGCAUCAUCGAUGUUGCCAAGGAAGCAAGGAAGAGAUUCCUUGGACCCAUGCACCCAUCCUUUAACCUAGUGAAGAUCGUGCGUCACGUGCUGCGGCGCACCCUACCAGACGAUAGUCAUCAUCGGGCAAGUGGCCGACUGGGGAUCUCUCUUACCCGGGUGACAGAUGGAGAAAAUGUCCUAGUGUCUCACUUUAACAACAAGGAAGAGAUUGUGCAGGCCUGUGUCUGUAGCGCCUACAUCCCUGUGUAUUGUGGUCUCAUUCCUCCCACGCUUCAAGGAGAGCGAUAUGUUGAUGGAGGGAUCUCGGACAACUUGCCGCAGUACGAGCUGAAGAACACCAUUACGGUGUCGCCGUUCUCCGGAGAGAGCGACAUCUGCCCCAGAGACAGCUCUACUAACAUUCACGAGCUGCGCUUCACCAACACGAGCAUCCAGUUCACCCUGACCAACCUCUACCGGGUCUCCAGGGCUCUCUUCCCCCCAGAUCCAAUGGUGAUGAAGGCCAUGUGUAAACAGGGAUACAAAGAUGCUCUACACUUUUUAAAAAGAAAUGGGUUGCUUCAUUUCAACGGGCCUCAAACCGACAGACCCCUUCUGACCAACAGAGAGGAUGAAGAGGUGGCUGAGGAAGAGCAGGACGGUAAAAGAAGAGAGGUCAAAGAUCAGCUGCUGGUGGAGGGGAAAGCGUUGAUGUUCUACGGCAGCUCCUCAUUAGACGAGCAUAUUAUCGAGUACCUUCCACCCACCCUGCACAAAGCUCUUGUUGAGGCCUGCAUGGAGAGGAGGAGCCUAGUGCAGUCGCUAGGCAACCUGCUUCCCGUCAGGAUGGCCUCCGUCAUGAUGCUGCCCUACACCCUCCCUCUGGAGUCUGCCAUGUCCUUGACUCUCAGACUUCUGGAGUGGCUUCCUGACGUGCAGGAAGACGUGGGCUGGAUUCGAGAGCAGAUACUGAAAAUCCUUCAGUGUGUUCUUCGUCAGGCCUUCAGAAGCUUCUCCCAGAAUGUUUCUGCCAGAUUGUUCUGCCAGCUGGAGCUGCGUCACUACAGGUCCCUCCCAUCCAAGCCCAGCUCCACCAGCCUGUUUCCUACCUGGAUGAACUCCUCUGGCUCUUCAGUCCAGGAUGUCUUUGUGCGUCUCGACCAGUACAAGAAACAGCUGCUGUCCGGAGUCCUCUGCAUCAACAUGGACCUGCGAGGCUCCUUCAAAACGGGAAUGACGUCUCCAGACAGCAGCCGUUCGUUCAGCUUCUUCCAGCAAGACUUCAACUCACGCAGCAACUGCCUAAAUGUCCCACACGAUGGCAAACCUGGGAAGCCUUUGAGUAGGUCUAAGAGUUUCUGGUAGGCUUUCUGAGCAUUUGACAUCCAGAGACACAUCAGCAAAGUGAAUAAACUCUGUGUGGUUUCAUGUUCUCAGUUCACUGGGUGUUAAAUAGUUUCGGGCCAGAGCCUGAAUCUGACAGCCAGUCGGGUUGUUUUACACUUAAAAUUCCACACUAGUGCUCAGUUGUGCACAAACUUGAAUUACAGGAUGUUACAAAGGAAUAAGGAGGGCUGAAGUAGAACGAUAAAAAAUGUUUUAAAUGGAACACGGUCAAUCCCAGAGUGAAGCAGCCUUUUCCUGCUUUAAGCUGCUUCUGGCUCACAGGAAACAGAAAGAAACAGGAGCUGGUUGGUUACAAGUUAGUCUGUUUAUUGCACACAAAUGUCAGUGCACUGUGGAAGUCUUCCUUCUGUUUGCAAGUUAUUGCGAAUGUCUAAACAAAAUCAGUCUUCUCAACCUUAUUUUCAAGUCAUUUAUGACUCAUUUAAAAAUUAUUUGUAGCUACUUGAAUUAUUGUUCUAAAUUGCUGCUUUGAAAUGAAUUUUGUUUCUAUUUUAUUUUACAUUGCAUGUUUAAUCAAUGUAAUUUUAAUUAAUCCUAUAAUCUAUUUUAUCUGAUGUUGUUUUUGUCUGAAUUUGCACUUUCUCUAACGAAUCCUGGCACUUUAAAUACUGAUCUUGUACUAAGUGCUGCUUUUUAACUGUGCUAUCAUGCCUCACGUGCCAAAAAAUUCUAAUAUAAUGACUGCCUAGAGGACGUAACAUGUUGAAAAUGUUACCAUAUUUACAGCAUGUGAUCAUGAAAUAAACUGGUUUUGUUCAGGA